UAUUGUCGAGGGGGCUUUAGAUAUUGAUCCUCUAUUUCGAAGGUAGUUCAAAAUUCACCUCUCAGACCUUCAGGUUUCAUCUCCCUACUCGCCGGGGUUCCAGUUCGUCCAUCCAAAGGAAAAAAAAAAAUGCCGAAGAGAAAGUCUCCUGAGGGUGCUGAGGGCAAGGAGGCCUCCAAAGUCACAAAGCAAGAGCCCACCAGAAGGUCGGAGAGAUUGUCAGCGAAACCUGCUCCACCUAAGCCUGAGGUCAAGCCAAAGAAGGCUAUCAUCAAGAAGCCGGCAGAUGAUAAGGGGCAGAAGGCAAAGAAAGGCGGAGUUAGGGGGAAGAAGGAUGACGGUCCCGCCCAGAAUGGAGAUACUAAGACCGAUGAGAUCUAUGUGUCUCGUCCUUGUGUAAGUGUGUCUUCCAUCAGAAGAGUGGCCCCCUCCUCGAUGUCAGUGAGAGGGCAGAGCGAGACAGUCAAAGUCAAGGGUAACUGAAAAGGCUGAAGAGGUGACUGAGAAGAAGGCAUAAAAAAGAGGGACUCCUCCUUGACACCAUGGCAGCAAAACAUCUUUUUUUACUGAGAAUUUUGUAACAUGCUGAUUUUUUUUUUAGACUUGUGAUAGUAGAAGUGGAUAACCAGGAGCCCCCCACCACCAUCCCAUGUUCACACUCGUCCUUUCAGCUCCCGUUCCAUCUCUUCUUAACUCUUUUUCCCCCCCCCAUCCAUUCUGUACUGAUACAUGCUGCUCGGAAGCUGAAAGACAGAAUGAAGUGAUUUUUUUAUUUUGAUUUUUUUAUCAAAAGGCCACAGAUGUUUUUCAUUUUGCCUGAAGGGGGCUGUACACAAGACUGUUAUGUCCUCUAAAUAACUUCUGCCUACAGUUUUACCACUUCUUCUCUGCACAAGAUGAUCCUUGUUGGGCAGUUAGACUGGAGCGACGACAGUCACAAUUUUCUACAUUUUUUUCCCUGAUGUUUUGGGCCUGGAUUUGAAGGCGUGCCGAGACCGAAUUUGUGUCAGCGGGUGGUUUGAAUAUAGAGCUCCGACAACACACAUGAAACAGACCAAGCCGUGUUACAUCCGAGGUGACCAUGGGGGGUGGGGCGGGGGGUGGUGGUACAUUUACAGCUUUUUAAAAUGUGAUAAUAGAUAGUUUUUGGAAUAACAACCACUGUACUUCAGGUGAUUCUGUCGUAUGUGGGUGUUUUACUGAGUGUUCCUGUGGUUCUCUGUUUAUAACCUUGUUCAGUUUGUUUCCCUUGUUUGUUUUUUUCCCUCUUUUUUUCUACCCUCUUGUCCUGCAGCAGAGCGACAUAGCAAUAAUGAGUUGUGCUUCUGUUCUAGAAGGCCUUAUUUGCUUUGGACCCUCUGGGCUUCUGAGUUUCAUCCUAUUUGGAAAAUAUUUUUCAAAUAAAAGAAAAAGUUGA